GCGUGAGUGCGCGCGUGUCACUGCGGCGUAAUGACAGCCGGGAUUUCGUCGGAGCAAGUUGGGCAAACAAGCGCAAGACAUUUCCAAGGCGAGCAUGUCUCCGCUUUUGGCUUUUGUCAAGCAACGAAAUAACUCGGAUCAUCGAAAUGGCAGCGCUUUUGUCACUUUUCCUGCCGAUUUGCUUCUUUUUAAUCGGCGAAACGACUGACUUCCUCCUUCGACUGCAGGUCGGUCGCCGUCCCCGUCCCCGUCCCCGUCCCCGUCCCCGUCCCGUCCCGGUCCCGGCGCAGGCUCGCUAAUCCCCCCCCCGCCCUCGGCGCCCACGCUUGACUCUGAGCCGGUGUUUAAUCCCCUUAAACCCCGCAGCUGCCGCGCCGCUUCUUCCUUUUUCCUGCGUUGUCCUCGAGCACGGUCGGCCGCCCGCGAGGCCCGUCGACGCCCGCAACUUUGGCCGCGACACGCGGAGCGAGCGGCCGAAGUCGGCCGAAGUUGGCCGGAAGCGGCGGGCGAGACUCGGCGCGAGUCCACGCGAGAGACCGCAGUCCAAACCGGGGGGGCGAUUUCCAUGGAAAUAGCAACAAGUCCGCUUGGAUUACAUGAAAAACAACAGCCACGGUUGCCGGACCGGGCUUGCUUCCGGGUUUCUAAGGCCGAGCCCGUUCUCCUCCUCCUCCUCCUCUUCUUCUUCUUCUUUUUCUUCUUCUUCUUCUUUUUUUUUGUAAGAGUGGAAAAUGGCUCUCUGAGAGGGUUUUGGCACCUUUCCCUACGCCACAAUGGCAACCGAAAACUUUCUGUUGAAUGAAGAACCCUCCAGAGGUCCUGGGAUGCCUGAAUGCUUUGUUGUAUCCGAUUCAUACAGGGAUGAAUUUCAUCCCUUCAUUGAGGCCCUCCUCCCCCAUGUCCGUGCCUUCUCGUACACCUGGUUCAACCUGCAAGCCCGUAAGCGCAAGUACUUCAAGAAGCAUGAAAAGAGGAUGACCAAGGAUGAGGAGCGCGCGGUGAAGGACGAGCUGCUGGGGGAGAAGCCCGAGAUCAAGCAGAAGUGGGCCUCGCGGCUGCUCGCCAAGCUACGCAAGGACAUCCGGCCCGAGUUCCGCGAGGACUUCGUGCUCACUAUCACGGGGAAGAAGCCGCCCUGCUGCGUGCUGUCCAAUCCCGACCAGAAAGGAAAGAUCCGCCGCAUCGACUGCCUCCGUCAGGCCGACAAGGUGUGGAGGCUGGACCUGGUGAUGGUCAUCCUGUUCAAAGGCAGCCCGCUGGAGAGCACGGACGGGGAGCGGCUGGUCAAGUCGCCCCAGUGCUCCAACCACGGCCUGUGCGUCCAGCCGCACCACAUCGGAGUGACGGUCAAGGAGCUGGACCUCUACCUGGCCUACUUUGUCCACACACCAGAACAAUCGGGACAAUCGGACAACUCAAACCAGCAAGGAGAGACAGAUGUCAAGCCCCCGCCAAAUGGCCACUUGAGUUUCCAGGACUGCUUCGUGACUUCAGGGGUGUGGAACGUAGCCGAGCUGGUCCGCGUGUCACAGACCCCAGUAGCUACGGCGACCGGCCCCAGCUUCUCCCUGGCUGACCUGGACAGCCCCGGAUACUACAACAUCAACCAGGUCACUCUGGGACGGCGCUCCAUCACCUCCACUCCUUCCACCAGGACUGAAAUGGAGCUUUAUGCAAGUCUCCCACGGAGCUCUAACAAGCGCAAGUCCAUCGACGACAGCGAGAUGGAGAGCCCGGUGGAUGACGUCUUCUACUCGGGCCGUUCGCCGGCGGCUGGCAGCAGCUCGCAGUCCAGCGGUUGGCCCAAUGACGUCGAUGCAGUGCAGCACCAUUUGGCCAGUGUGCAGGAGAGGAAGAUUAAGCAUGAGAGCGAUGGAGUGCAGUUUCCUUACCAUGGACUGUCAUCGCCUGGUUCUCUUAAGAAGCCGGGGAAAUUCGAUUUCAGCGCCCUGUCCUCCCAGACGAGGUCCCCUCGCAUGGCGUUCACCCACCACCCACUGCCAAUGCUGGCGGGAGUGAGACCAGGGAGUCCUCGUGCUUCUGCGUCAGCCCUCCACUUCCCAUCUCCCUCCAUCAUCCAGCAGUCGAGCCCCUACUUCACCCACCCGACCAUCCGCUACCACCACCACCCUGGACAGGAUCCCUUGAAGGAGUUUGUGCAGUUCGUCUGCGCUGAUGGCCCAGGACAAGCCGGCGGACAGCCAAACGGGAGCGGCCAGAGCAAAAUGCCAGGCUCCUUCUUGCUGCCUCCACCUCCCCCAGUGGCCCGCCCAGUGCCCCUCCCUAUGCCCGACUCUAAAUCCAACAGCACGCCCCCUGACGGCGGACUCUCAUCGCCCGCAUCUCCGUCAUACUCCACGGCAGGCACCGCAGCUCCCAACAGGUUUGUCGGCAUCGGAUCACGGGACAACAACUUUCUGAACAUCCCGCAGCAGACACAGUCUUGGUUCCUCUGACAAGAUCUGUGUGAAAACCAGCAACUAGAAUUCUUUCUUUACAAUCCCAAAUAGAUAAUUAUCCUCCAAUCAACAGAGCGACUGGCCAUUACAUAGAAUCUUACAAAGGCAAAACCCAACAAAGCACAGGCGGAAAAUUCAGCAGCGUUUAGAGGAACUCUGGGCUCAUUGUAUUCAGUCAGAGGAAGGAGCCACACGGGGCAAAGACGGCAAGACGGAAAGCCGAUCGGACGGACGAGAGGACGACGGGACGGCGAAGGGUAAGGCGCCGAGCGGCUCGGAGGCGCGUCUCCCGAAAAGAAGGCAGGAGGUCGCCGCGGUCGAGAAUGGCGUCAACUUCUUCGCGAGGGCGCGGUGGCCUCGGAAAUCGACCGAGAUUGAAGCAAAAGCCCCCGUGAAAUACUCAAUUAUGUUUCGAGUGAAAGCCGCAGUUCAGACUUCACCCAAAACGAGUCAAAUUGACCAAUGUGUCUCUCGAGGAAUGACCGGUGACUCGACAUAAGCCCCCUUCCGCCCUCCUACUAACUAAAGAGACACGAUGCCAAAACACAGCUUGAAGGCUUUGCACCUACAGGCUGAAUCAAUUAACACGAAUCCCAUCGAUGUGCACUAUCUCCCUACGAGGCACCGAGGUCAAGCAGACUGGCCCGUUCCGAGUUCUAUUCAAGAGGAAAACAAGAAAAACAAGGCACGACAAGCCGACACGUUAUCACGGCUGCCCGCGCGCGUCGUAAUCGGGAAAAACGUGAACGCGGCAUUGGUAGACAUUUGAAAAAACGCAUCGCGUCGUAUUUCUAGGAGGCGUGAUGUGGAGUUACAGAGUGCGCCCGGUGAACGGUGACACAUCCAUUAGCAAUCCAAACCAACACUGUAAAAUCAAAACAAAGUGUGUACCAAUAUAGAUAGCGGCUAUUGGUUCCCCUCCCUUUGCCCUCUUGUAAUGUCGAUGAUUGCUUUUGGUAUCUUGUGCGUGUUCUUUUUAUUUCACUUCCCUUUGGAUUUGUACUAUUUUGUAAUUGUUUUGUAUUUGAAUGACAGCACCUUAUAAAGAAACACAGUAGGACGUCGAAGCAAGGUGGAGAAAGGUCAUCUUUUUCGAAAACACACAAUUCAAACCUUUUGCUUUCUUCCCAAGAGUUCGAAAGAACAUCGACGCCAUUCGUGUCGCUGUGGCAAACGUGGCGCGAGGGCCCUUUUCGUUUAGCGGAAUCGGGGAACAAAGAGAAUUGUUAGCUUGGCCCUGAGCCUGCUAGCGCCUGCGCAGCUCUCAUCUAAUCUCAUUUGUGCAAUCCAUCAAGUGUGAACAUGGCAAAUUGCCAUUUUACCGGCAAGGCACUCGAACCCAUAAAACAGUGAAUUGUUUUCGUCUGAGAGCGUCAGAGGCACAGACACGGAUUUGGUCACCUUUCAAACCAGUUGUUGCACUUUUAUGUGUACCGUGCAAACAUUUUUCUUCAUGCCCGAAAAGAAGUCAAUAAGCCACCGCUCAUAAUACAAUUAGCGAUUGCGUUGCCAGACAAAUUUACACGGUUCACACAAACCCGUGUUUUAUUGUUCCGCUCUUAAGAUUAGGAAUAUGCUCCGAUGCCUUUGGAAAAGGGGCUAUUUCAAUACACAGUCAAUGUUUAAACCUUUCGGAAUUGCGACGACCAUGUUUAUAACGAAACUGGCAGCAACGUCGAGGAAUGAUCAGAUCAUGCUCAUCCCUAUUUUCAAAAAUGUCGUUAGUUUGCACAAAUGUGUGAAAACUUUCAAAUCUUGCAUUUUUAUUCUGAUUUUUUUUCAACCCCUAAAAAGGAGUAUGAACUCCGCAAAAAUAAUGGCGGAAACUGUAAGAAUACAAAUGAGGUUUUGUGACAAUCCAAAGAAAACCUUUUGUGGAAAUGUGUUUGUCGAGGUCGACAAAAGUGGCACUACUUCUACUUUUUGGACCACGUUAACGGCUGGCGGCGGCGGCGGCGGCGUAAGAGAAAUGGAACCGAAGGGACAGGUCGCUGAAGAUGGGAAGGUUGCUCUUUUUCUGUCUCCCUAAAACGUUUACCCUGUUGUUUACACUCCCAGAUGGGCCGCUGCUCCAAGAGCGGAGGGAACCACGCUGCGGAGCAAAAUGAAUAUGUGACAUAUCGUUCUGUUCUCAGUCGCCAUGUGCCCACUUUUUUGUUUUGUUUUUGUUUUUUAAAAGCUGAUUCAAAAAUGGGACGCGUAGGAUUAGUUUGUAGGUUAGGAAUGGUGGCUCUGGUCAUGUCUGCCCCUGUAUAUUGUGAAUUGAUGAGCCCUUAUUGAUCAAAAAUGCACUAAAACAAUCACGCCAGCCAAACUUUUCUAUCACCAAUUAAAAAUCAGUGUUCACACGCGUCUUAAAUGCUAACACACACACACACGCACGCACACGCACACACCCUGCCCAACGGAAAUCUAAGAGGGAAGUCUUAAAUGUGGACAAUCUGACGAGGCCUUUAUGCUUGUAAUCCUUUGAUAUGAACGUCAUGAUAUUCCCAACGGUCGAUUUAGUCUCGGAUGGACGUCCGGAACGUUCCAUUGAAAGCACCCACCCGCUCUCACAAAAUAACUGGACUGCCUGGCCGUGUUCCUCACUGCGGGGAAGCUACGUAGUUGGCCAACCAUCUCAUAGAAAGCGACUUCUGCUGACUUCACGGUGGCUUCUCUCAUUUCUUUUCGAAUCUAAAGGAAGUGCCUCUGUAUUCCCAUUAUGCAAUUUGUCAAACAUGAAUUCAGGUUCUUUUUUCAUAAGCUAUAGUGAAUGGCGGAGGGGGGGAAAACUAUGUCAGGAGUGGGGAGAGAACAGUUCACUAGAUAAUCGCAAGCAAGCAUCUUUAUAUAAUAAUACACAUAUAUAUUUAUAGAUAUAUAAUUUUCUUUUUAUUUGCAAUAUAAGCUCAGUGGCAGUCUAGUUAUUUUUUGAAACAUGGCAGUCAGAAACGGCUGAUUGGAGCUAAGUAGCAGCCUCUCAAUUGCACAAAAUGGCAUGAUAGACGAGAAAAUCGAUGGCAAACACAGUAGUAACAAACAAUCGGAUCAUGUCGAUGAGUUGAAAAAAAGAUCAGCUAAUGUUUAGUUGUUUUCUUUCUUGUUUUGAUGGGAAGCAUUGUUGUUGAAACGCAACGAUGUGUGUUGAUUGAGCCAUGUGCAAUGCCUUGGUAGAGGAUUUGUGUGUUUGCGAUUGUUUUAGGGUGUUGCAAGAAAAGAGAGAAAAAUCUCUUUUCUUUUUUCAGUUGGUGUUAUUUGUGUUGCAAGUCCAUGUGCUCUGGGACUCUAAAUAUCAGAGUGGAGGAAGAAAAAAAAAAUCCAACUCUUUGUACGUGCGGAAGGGGGGAAUUGUUUUGAACAUUUUGUCUUUUUUUUGUUUUUGUGUUUGUUUUUUUUAAAAGAAACACUUCCUCUAAUUAUGUGUUUUCAACAUGUGGGAGGGCUGAAGGAACAAUUUUGCAACUCACAAAAUAUAUAUUACGACGAAAACUGGUGCUUCCUCACAAAGAGUAUUUAUUAUAGCCAUACUGAAAAGGACAAAAUGAUGCUACAAAGAUCAAUUGACAUUUGUAAUAUUAUGAGAAUUUAGGCCCGGUGACCGACAACUGCCUCACAGUUGUGAGGACCGGGGUUCGAUCCCCGGCCCCGCCCGUGUGGAGUUUGCACGUUCUCCCCGUGCCUGCGUGGCUUUUCUCCGGCUACUCCGCUUUCCUCCCGCAUCCCAAAAAGAAAAACAUGCGUGGUAGGUUGAUUGGCGACUCUCAAUUGCCCGUAGGUGUGCGUGUGAGUGCGAAUGGUUGUUUGUUUGUAUGCGCCCUGCGAUCGGCUGGCGACCGGUUCAGGGUGUGCCCCGCCUCCCUCCCGAAGAUAGCCGGGAGAGGCUGCAGCACGCCCGCGACCCUCGCGAGGAGAGAACGACCCAAACGUUUGAAUAUUGUGAGCUUUGACAGCUUUGAGCUGAGGACCGUAGAAGAUGAUCUGGAGUAUCAUGACGAAAGAACUCGUCUGUGUUUCGGCACAUCAGUAUGAGCGUGUAAAUCCUUUGUAUGAUCGUGUGCGCUUUUAACAAAUACGUAUUGAUAUUACUCAAUUAAUAUACAGUGAGGCAGUCGUCCAGAGAGUGAGACUGUCACAUUCAAAUUUGGACUCCUCCAAACUUUUUGUAUUCCCAUAAUGUUAUAAAAAAAUAAAUAAAUUAUGAAUAAAGAAUUCCAAUCCAUUGAAAUUUUGAAUCCCAUAAAGUUACAUUUUUAAUUGAAACUUUAUUGUAAUAAAAUGGCUUUUAUUCUCGUCUGAUUACAACAUUUAGGUCGUCAUUUGAUGAUUUUAUUUUUCAGUGUGGCUGUAAUACUUCUUUGUGGUUUUCGGACUAAAGUGCAGUCGCUCUCCUCUCGACCUACAUACAUAAUAGUACACACGAAGACAUUUUAGGAAAGCAUGGAUAAUUCUGUUUGUCGUUUUGUAUUUACCAAGAGGGGGCAUUGUUUGGAGAGAAAAAAAAGGGUUGCAACAAAAGGCGUUUUUCCCCUCAUGAACUUUUGACAUCAUAUGGAUUGUAUCAUCUCAUAUCCAAUAUCCUAAUAUGGAACAAGGACAAGAUCUUCCCCAUUUGGGAGAUGCACAAAAGAUCAUGAAUGAUGAUUUGUUUUCUUGUCUGGGAAGACUUCUGUCUCAUUUGGUGUAAAAAUUCUGUCGGAAAUUUGCGUUCGCUCCGAGUGGCGCUGUGAACCCCGCCCGCCCCCUCUCCCCCAUCACCCACUUGUAAAUGACUAGAAAUAUUUGUUUGGUGAAGUAGUAUUCUAGACUCAAAGCAUCUUAAAGGUUGUCCCGAAAAAAGUGCCUUUUGUUCACAGAUUCCAUCUUGUAUACUCCUGAGAUCCCAUCUCAAAAGGAAAAAUAAGUCCCCUCCUUCAUCCUUCUAUAUCCACUUGUUUCUCUUCUUCUCCUUUUUAAAGCAGUAUACAUUGUACUAAAGGCAAUUGGUGUGAUUUAGUUCCUGUUUUUAUUGUUGAAUAAUUAAAAAAAAAAAAAAAAAAGCUGAAAAACACAGAAAACUGACAAAAAACAAGCUUCUCUUUCCUCUCUAUCUUGUCUUCUGUCUAUCUUGGACACUGGAGUAGUCUAUAGGCUGCCCCUCAUCCUUUUUCCUUUUUUCUCUUUUCUCCAAAUGGUGGGGUUUAAAAAAAAAAAAAAAGUUUUGUUUGUUUUUUGUUUGUUUGUUUGUUUUUUUGGUCUGAGCAGAAUGCAGUUAGCUCACAUGUUAUUCUUGUCUGUAUGCUUCACAUUGUAUUACCAUACCCAUCUUCUUCAGCUUCUCCAUUCAACCGCUAAUGUAAGUGAACAAGUUACACCAGGGGCUCUGGGGCUGUGUCGAGGAUGGAGCGCGGCUGUCGUGGGUGGGGAGGGUUGAGAGAGGCACAAAGCAAUCAUAUUUGGGUUUGAAUGAGGGAGAUGUGCUGUAGAACUGCUAGUAAAGGUAGAUUAGUUUGUAAUCUUUGUUUGUGUCUAUUUAUUUUUUAUGAUCACAUUUGGACUUGAUUACUGAUUUUUGUUUUUUUCCAUUGCACCUGCAUAUCCUUGGCAGCGCUUAAAAUGCUGCACUCAAUUUUGCACCUUUCAAGUGGUUGAAGAAGAGCCACUUUAAAACAAAACCCUUUUAAAAAAAAAAAAAAACGUGUUUUUUUUUAAACGCACCUUAUAAACAGAACAGUUCCAUGGUGUUGAGGCUUAAAGCCUCAUUUAAGCACAAUCCAAAAAAAAAAAAAAAAAAAAAGUAACUCACUGCCUCACAAGAUGGAGUCUCUAAAUUAGCAGUGUGUUGCAGACGCAGAGACCAAAGUGAUGUGUACAGACUUUGGCAAGUGUAAGAAAAAGCACCUUGAAAACAUACCAGCAGCAGCAGUAUUAUCAAGCACCACAGUUGAGAAGCCAUAUUGCAGAGGGACGGGUUGCACAGGUCAGUGGGGUUGGGGGGGGGGGGAGGGGGGGGGGCGGUUAUAGACAGACAGCCACCACCACAAGUGCUUCUUCUCCUCCUCCUCCUCCCUGCAAAGCAGUGUCCCAUCCUCAGACACACUUCCAAGAGCCCCUGGUGAAAUGCAUGUGUUAAAGUUUCUUUUCCAUAAUAAUGAUUCAAAAAAAAACAGUUUGAAAAGAGCAACACUUGAUUGAAUAAAAGGAUGUUCUUAACUGUA